ACAGCUGUUGUUGAUACUGUGGCCGUGGGGAGGAGGUUUCGUUUCUGGUUGGACAACUUGUAAUUGAAAUUGAAAGGUCUUAGCAAUGACACAGGUGUUCAUAAAUGGCGCAAGAGACGAGCUCAAUGUGCAAGAGCAUGAUAGCUUAGAUCCAUCGGUGCAGGAGCUAAUUCGUGCCGCAGCGGAGGCCAGGAAACAGGCAUAUUGUCCGUAUAGCAACUUUGCUGUGGGUGCUGCUCUACGCACCAGUGAUGGCUCCAUCUACACGGGCUGCAACAUAGAAAACGGCGCCUACGCAGCUAGCAUUUGUGCCGAACGCACAGCUGCCGUCAAGGCCAUUAGCGAGGGCAAGCGCGACUUUGUGGCCUGUGCUGUGGUGGCCCAACAGGACAAUGGCUUUACCACGCCCUGCGGCGUUUGCCGCCAAUUUUUGUCGGAGUUUGUCAAUGGCAAGGACAUCCCAUUGUACGCUGCGCAGCCAACCAAUUUGCCGUUGCGUGUCCUCUGCACCAGUGUGCUCCAAUUGCUGCCCAACGGUUUCCGCUUUCUCAAUGGCAAAUAAUGGACAGGCAACGGGGAUGAACUGAAAGCCAGAGGCAUCAUCGGUUUUAAGUGCAAUACUUUUAUGUGUAAUUCCCACUUUGUUAUGUGUAAAUCCACCCCCCUACCCUCUUGUUGAUUGAACUACUGCUGAAAAGAGUGGCAUCGCA